GUGGUAGAAAUCUCGGAAAGCCAGAGUGGAUAGAAAUGGAUGGAGCAAAUGGAAUUGCCGAUUCUAAACAAAACACUUCAAGAUUUCAAGUAGACAAAGUUGAUUACGUCGGUGAAAAUGAUAAUAAUUCAUAUGACUAUGUGAAUGACGUUUUUAAUGUGGAAGACAAUCAAACAACUUUGAAUUCUCUAACACAACGCUCUGGAAAUUCAACUUAUGAUACACAUAAUGUUCGAAGUCUAUGCCAUUACACAAGAGAAGCUCUUCCUAAUGUGGAUCAUUACAGAAACGUCAUGUCUGUUCAUGGCCAUAUGAUUCGACCAACUUUGGAUGAACUUCACCAUGCUACACUUACUGGUAUAGGACUCGAAAAGAACCCUUACAAGCAUAGUAAACUUGGUGAAGAAGAAGCUCCUGUCAGUGAGGCUGUAAAGUUUGGAUGGAUCAAAGGAGUUCUGAUAAGAUGUCUUCUGAACAUAUGGGGGGUAAUGCUCUUUUUGCGCCUCUCAUGGGUUGUAGGCCAAGCUGGGAUUGGUCUAGCCCUUGUAGUUGUUCUCUUAGCAACGGUGGUUACUAUUUUGACAACUUUGUCUAUGUCAGCCAUUUGUACAAAUGGGGAAGUCCGAGGAGGUGGAACCUAUUAUAUGAUAUCAAGAAGUCUAGGGCCAGAAUUUGGAGGAGCUAUCGGAUUGAUCUUCUCUCUAGCAAAUGCUAUAGCAGUGGCUAUGUAUGUAGUUGGAUUUGGUGAAACCGUGAGAGAUGUUUUACAACUUCAAAAUCUCUACAUCGUGGAUGCUGGAAUGAAUGAUGUACGAAUUAUUGGAAUAUGUACUGUUAUUGUGUUGCUUGGAAUUACCCUGGUUGGGACAGAAUGGGAAACUAAAGCCCAGAUUGUACUGCUCUUUAUUCUUCUAGUAGCUAUGUUUGACUUUGUUAUUGGUUCCUUUAUCCCACCAUCUGUAUCUCAACAGGCCCGUGGAUUCAUAGGCUGGAAUGGGAAACUUGCACGGGAAAAUUUUGUCCCAGAUUUUCGAGGUGAAACAUUUUUUUCUGUAUUUUCCAUUUUCUUUCCUGCUGCCACAGGAAUUCUUGCUGGAGCUAACAUAUCAGGAGACUUAAAAGACCCACAGACUUCCAUACCAAAAGGAACCUUUUCAGCCAUAAUCAUCAGUAGUCUUUCAUACAUGUUGUUUGCAGUAAUUGCUGGAUGUGUAACAUAUCGUGACACCAAUGGGGUAGAGACACUUGUUGAGAAUGGAACUUUGUCUCUAAUAACUAACUGUUCCUUUGGGGAAGAUGAAAUCUGCCCCUUUGGUUUAAUGAAUAAUUAUCAGGUAAUGGAGAUGGUAUCGGGUUUUGGUCCACUUAUAUAUGCUGGUAUUUUUGCUGCUACAUUAUCUUCAGCACUUACAAGCCUGGUUAGUGCUCCAAAAGUGUUUCAGGCCUUGUGCAGAGAUAAAAUUUUUCCAAAAAUUGAAUAUUUUGGUAAAGGCUUUGGGAAGAAUGGUGAGCCACGUCGAGCAUAUAUAUUAGCCUUUGCAAUAGCAUUAGCAUGUGUAGUAAUAGGUGAACUAAAUGCCAUUGCACCAAUAAUCUCCAACUUCUUUCUUGCGGCCUACUGUUUGAUCAACUUCUCUUGUUUUCAUUCAUCUUUUGUCAGAUCUCCAGGAUUUCGUCCAGCUUUCAAGUAUUAUAAUAAGUGGGUGAGUUUACUAGCAGCAAUAUUGUGUGUGGCUGUCAUGUUCAUUAUCAACUGGUGGACAGCUUUGAUUACAUAUGCAAUUAUAUUGGCUUUGUAUAUUUAUAUUCAUCACAGAAAACCUGAUGCAAAUUGGGGUUCCUCCACACAGGCUCAGACUUAUAAGUCAGCUUUAAGUUCUGUUAUCAAGUUAAAUCGAGUUGAAGAGCAUGUUAAGAAUUAUAGGCCCCAGAUUCUGUUACUGACUGGGCAUCCCAAUAGCAGACCCCCUCUGGUGGAUUUUACAUACGGUAUCUGUAAACAUCUUAGCCUACUUGUAUGUGGAAACAUUCAUAGGGGUUCCGUGACUCAGCGAGUCCGUAAUGCACUGAGUAAACAGGCUAUGUGCUGGUUACAAGAAAGAAAAAUCAAAGGUUUUUAUGCUUUAGUCGAAGAAGACGAUUUCUCACAUGGAGUGAGGUCUUUAGUACAGCUUGUAGGACUUGGAAAAUUACGACCUAAUAUGUUAAUGAUGGGAUACAAACAUAACUGGCAAGUGUGUGAUGAAAAAGAAGUUUUGGAGUAUUUCAAUGUUAUUCAUCAAGUUUUUGAUAUGCAUUUGUCUUUGGGUAUUCUUCGGCUCCAAGAAGGAUUGGAUUAUUCUGAAUAUAUUGAUACUGAAGAUCUUGGACUAAUUGAGCAGAAUGCAAUAGUAGCUGCAAGCAGUGAACCAGUAGUGUUUGAACAAAACCUCUCGGAUGGAGAUUUUUCUCGAAAUAUGUUUAGGUUGUCCCAAGGUGGAAUUUCUCAAGAUUCAUCCCCUCCAAACACCCCAGCCAGUACUCGAAGUGGUCUCCAAUCCUGUGUUUCCACAAACCCAGAGGGUGAAGCAGUGGCUGCUUCAAGUUCAAACUUAAACAGCAACCAGGUGGUAAAAGGCCUCUCAAAAGACAUACCCAAGGAUGUUUUGUCUAAUGUCAACCAGUUCCAAAGGAAACAAAAGAAGGGUACUAUUGAUGUAUGGUGGUUAUAUGAUGAUGGUGGCUUAACAAUGUUAAUCCCUUACUUAUUGAGUAAUAAAUCACAGUGGAGAAAUUGCAAGCUGCGUGUGUUCUCUCUAGCAAAUAAAAAAGAUGAACUUGAUAGAGAUCAGAGAAACAUGGCUGCUCUUCUCAACAAAUUUAGGAUAGAUUAUUCUGAUGUGACCAUAAUUCCAGAUAUUGUCAAACCUCCUCAAGAAUCUAGCAAUAGAGAAUUUUUUGCAAUGUUAUCCAAGUGGAAAAAUAUUGAAAAUGUGGAAGGAAGCUCUUUGGCCAUCUCAGAAUCUGAAAUCUUGGCUGUUAAAGAUAAGACACGGCGACACUUAAGACUUCGAGAGCUGUUGUUACAGUAUUCACAUGAUGCUUCCCUUAUUGUAAUGACAUUACCAAUGCCACGAAAAGGAACUUGCUCAGCACCAAUGUACAUGGCUUGGUUGGAAACACUAACAAGAGACAUGCCUCCUUUCUUGUUGUUACGUGGAAAUCAGACUAGUGUCCUGACCUUUUAUUCUUGAUUCAUAUAUAUUGUACUUGUAUAUACUAGUAGCUAAGGAUGUUAUUUGAAGAGUCUUCCUAUUGAUAUAAAAUUUUGGGUAAGAAAUAAUAAUAAUACCUAUAUUUCAAUGAAAAUUCAAAAUAUCUAAUGAAUUUAGAUAAAUGCAGUUUUCAAUGUUAAACAUUUUUAUCAGUUUCACAGAAAGUCAGUUGUUGUAAAAUGUAGUAUUUUCUGUUGAAUACUUAAUAGAUAAGUUCUUAAUUUUUAAUGAGAAUUGAACAAAUUUAUUUUCCACUUAUUUGAUCAUAAUGUCUGCAAUAUUACACAGCUUAAACAUUUUUCAAGGAAUACAGUAAAUCAUAAAGGAGUCUAGAUUCAAAUUUUUUCAUUUUAUUCUGAAAGGAAUACUCCUGUCAAAAGCAGCAUUUUACUUGUAAAGUUUAGAAGAAGUUAGUAGUUUAGAAAUAGAUAUAUAUGAUAAAGACUGCUGUUUGCCCAAUCAAAAUUUGUGAAAAACUUCAAUUAAAAGUUUUUAAGUUAGGUAUGUGAACCAUUCUGAAUACCAGCAAAGCCUUAUAAAAUCAAUAUAAAUUAAACCUGCAACAUGAAAUAUUUAAAAAAAUUAUUUGUUUCUAGUUUUGGAACUCAUCUUUCUCUUAUGCCAAAAGUUCAAGAAAGGAAUUAAUUGAUGAUAGAUACAGUCAAAGUGAAGUUUAAAUGGAAAAAAGUAUAUUGUUCUUUUCCAUUUGCUACUGCUUCAUUGGUUUGUUUCAAAAAAAAUAUCUUCACUAAAUGAAAAAAUAAUAAUUAUAAUAGCCAUGUAAAUAGUAAAUUAAUUCCUCAUUUAUACAGUGUUGAUAUUCAAGAAAGAUUGUAGUAUAAGUAUAUCUUAUUUGUUUAAAAGAAGUUUUAGGUAAAGGGUAUUGAGUUGUCUUGAAGAUGGAGUAGACCUAUAUCUUGCACCAUAGUUGUUUGUUUGGUGAGGUGUAUGAACUGCUAGUGCAGAUCUGAAUUAUGAAUUUUGUUGCCAUAAAUUCCAAUAAUUUAAAUUAUGUAAUAUUUUAUUUAGUUAAAUUAUUAUAUGUAGGAAUUCAUGCUAAACUACUUACUGCUUAAAGCAAAUGUGCAAAGCUUUAACAGCAGGUAGCUCUGUUGAGACAUUCAUUAACUAUUUUUCAUUCAUUUUUCUCAGAUCACUUCAUUGCUUAUUUGGUAAAAUUCAAAUGUUGUAAGCAAAUUUGUCUAGUUUGCAGGUGGGCAAUAUGUGACUUUAAACUGUAGUUUUUCACCCUGAGAGAUUUCAACUUCUUGAUAAAAGUAUCAGUACUAAAAUUAUUUAUGAACAAACAAAUUCAUCACUUUUAGUAAACUGGUAUUUUUUUCUCAAGAGUGUUUUAGAGCACAGGAAAAUAUCUUUAAAACAUCAUUAAUCUGUUAUAUAUGCAGAUUAACACUAUUAGUUAGAAUAUUACAUAUGCAUGAAGACAUGUAUACAGUGGAAACCAUGCAUUCAUUUCCAUUAUGUUAAAACACAUUAGCAAAACUAAUCCAGCAUCAAUAGAUGCGUAUCUACUUAAGUAAAAAAACAUGUAUUAACACAAUCCUUGGCACAAUAUUUACAACAGACUUCUCUAAACACUGAAAGCAGACAAACCAAAAAGUAAAUUAGUUACUCAAUGCUAGAGGAUUUUUUAACUUUAGUACAAGUAACAGUCUAUCCUGGAGUGGCUGACACCAUAUUUUCUGUUAAUAAACUGCCAGUAAAGAUCUUGCAACAACACUGCAA